AUGCGCGCCGGCAGCUACAUCAAGGCCAUGGGCGAUGAGGACAGCGCCGACUCGGAUGCCAGCGCCAAAGUAUUGCCCAGGGCAGCCACGCGGCGAGACAGCUACCGCCGCUCCUCCAGCGCUGACCAGGCCAGGACCAAGUUUGCAAGUAGGCACUAUUCUGAUUCAUAUAUCUGUAACUGUCCCAGCUGCUGCACACCACCACGAAUGCUCCCGCGGGGACAGGGCUACGGGCGUUCCUUCACCACCGGCCAGAUCAACGACGAGCUCAACCACCAGUUUGAGGCCGUCUGCGAGUCGGUUUUCGGCGAGGUGGAGUCGCAGGCCGUGGAGGCACUGGACCUGCCCGGCUGCUUCCGCAUGCGGAGCCACAGCUACCUGCGGGCCAUCCAGGCAGGCUGCUCCCAGGAUGACGACUGCCUCUCGCUCUUCUCCAUGUCAGCUCCCGCCGGGCCGCCCAUCACCAGCAGCAUCCUGAAGCCCAGCACCUCCUUCAGUUACAGAAAAGCUCCACCUCCCAUCCCUCCAGGAACCAAAGCCAAACCCCUCAUCUCCGUCACGGCGCAGAGCAGCACCGAGUCCACCCAUGAGAGCUACCUGCCCAGCGAGGUCACCCGCAGCCCCGCCUGGUCCAAAGACGCCACGGCCCGUUGCAACUCGGCCGAGAGCCUGGAGAGCUCCAAGGUGACGGCCGUGGCCCUCGACCUGCCUCCGGUCCAGCCCCGCGCCGCUCCCAAGCCCUCCACGCUCAUCAUCAAGGCCAUCCCCGGCCGGGAGGAGCUGAGGAGCUUGGCUCGGCAGCGGAAGUGGCGCCCCUCCAUCGGCGUCCAGGUCGAGGCCAUCUCCGACUCGGACACGGAGAGCCGGAGCCAGAGGGAGUUCCACUCCAUAGGGGUGCAGGUGGAGGAGGACAAAAGGCGAGCACGCUUCAAGCGCUCCAACAGCGUGACGGCGGGUGUACAGGCAGACCUGGAGCUGGAGGGCUUCACCGGCCUGGCCGUGGCCACCGAGGACAAAGCCCUGCAGUUCGGGCGCCCCUUCCAGCGGCACUCCUCGGAGCCUGAGUCCGGCCGGCAGUACGCGGUGUACAAGACGGUGCACACGCAGGGGCAGUGGGCAUACCGGGAGGACUACCAGCUGCAGUAUGACACGGUGGAGGUACCCCGGCGGGAUGCCUGGAUGGAGCGGGGCUCCCGCAGCCUCCCCGACUCCGGCCGUGCCUCCCCCUGCCACCGUGAUGGGGAAUGGUUCAUCAAACUGCUGCAGGCAGAGGUGGAGAAGAUGGAGGGCUGGUGCCAGCAGAUGGAGAGGGAGGCCGAGGACUACGACCUGCCGGAGGAGAUCCUGGAGAAGAUCCGGAGCGCCGUGGGCAGUGCCCAGCUCCUCAUGUCCCAGAAGGUGCAGCAGUUUUACCGCCUCUGCCAGCAGAACAUGGAUCCCAACGCGUUCCCUGUGCCCACCUUCCAAGACCUGGCCGGCUUCUGGGACCUCCUGCAGCUCUCCAUCGAGGACGUCAGCAUGAAGUUUGCGGAGCUCCAGCAGCUCAAGGCCAACGGGUGGAAGAUCGUGGAGCCCAAGGAGGAGAAAAAGGUGCCUCCCCCGAUACCAAAGAAGCCGCCGCGCUCCAAGGUGCACCCGGUGAAGGAGCGCUCCCUGGACUCGGUGGACCGGCAGCGGCAGGAGGCCCGCAAGCGGCUCCUGGCAGCCAAGCGAGGAGCCUCCUUCCGCCAGAGCUCGGCCACCGAGAGCGCGGACAGCAUCGAGAUCUACAUCCCCGAGGCGCAGACCCGGCUGUGA